AUUCCUUUCCCGGGUCCUCACCUAUACUAUCGCUUUUAAUUUGUCCCAUUGGAGUUUCAUCUUUGGUGUUUCACUUUAAUCUAUUAUCCUUCCGGGCUACCGGACUCCUCGAAAACCGCUCACUCGAUAUAAUCGCAAAGAUACACGGCCGAUUCAGCCCUCCAUCUCCAUCUUCGAUCAACCAUGAAGAUCACAAGCCUUGCCACUGCCGCGCUGAUCGGCAGCACCAGCGCGGCCCCUCUGGACUCCCGUAGCACCCUUCAAAAGCGCUGGUUGGGGUUCUUGGAGACCGACGCUCUGGCGGCCGAAGGUGUCUUUAGACUUGGUCUCCACGUCGCCCUAAACGGAUAUCCCAACUCUCAAAAGUGCACAUUGGCAAAUGUUUCGUAUCGUCGAGAGUGGUCGCUUCUCACCCCAUCCGAGAGACGUGAAUACAUCGCGGCUGUGAAGUGCCUGGCAUCCAAGCCGGCUAGGACACCAGCAGGUCUCGCUGCUGGCGCCAAGAACCGUUACGAUGAUUUCGUCGCUACCCAUAUCAACCAAACUAUGUCUAUCCACGGCACUGGGAACUUCCUCGCUUGGCACAGGUAUUUUACUUGGGCAUAUGAGCAGGCCCUCCGCAAUGAGUGUGGCUACAAGGGCUAUCAACCCUACUACAACUGGGCCAGGUGGGCGGACGAUCCUCUCAAGUCGCCCGCUCUCGAUGGCUCCGAUACCAGCAUGUCUGGUGAUGGAGAGUAUGUCGCCGGCCGUAACAACACCUGCAUUCCUUCACCGGACAUGUGCGGCGUGAGCCUCCCCCCUGGAAACGGAGGAGGCUGUAUCAAGUCUGGACCUUUCAAAGACUGGAAGGUCAACCUCGGCCCUGUCGUUCUCCCGGAUCCUCCCAACCCAGAGCCGUUUACUGGACUGGGGUACAACCCUCGCUGUCUCAAGCGCGAUGUAUCCCGUGCCGCUUCCCAAGGCUGGUCUAAGGACUCAGACGUCGCCUCCCUCAUCAAAGACCACGACAACUUCUACUGGUUUGCCACCAUGAUGCAGGGUGAUUUCAUGAACGGCUACCUCGGCGUGCACACCGCGGGCCAUUACACCGUUGGUGGCGACCCUGGGGGUGAUCUCUUCGCCUCCCCUGGCGACCCCUUCUUCUUCCUGCACCACGCCAUGAUUGACCGCGUCUGGUGGACCUGGCAAAACUUGGAUAUCAAGAACAGGCAGUACUCUGUCCAGGGCACCAUCACCGUGAACAACCAGCCUCCCAGCCGCAACACGACCCUCGACGAUCCGAUUGAUCUCGGUUUCGUGGGCGUGCCGACUGUGUCGAUUCGCGAGGCGAGCCACACGCUUGGUGGUCCCUUCUGUUAUAUUUAUAUCUAAGUCAUGACAUACUCAAGAUUGAAGUGGAUGCGGAGUGGUUACAAGCCUCGGGGGAGGAGUUCAUACUGUGUACAUAUGCAUCCACAAUAGCAUUAUUUCCUUGGUGAACGCCACGAUGAUGCAUCCCACUGGUUCCUUUCCGGCACAGACUUUCACCAGGGGACAAACCUCUCUCGCCACAACCCAUUUCUGUCCUUUUGUCGAGACUCUCUUUCGUUUGUCAGCGUUUCCAGUUCUCUUAACGGAUUCUCCACCCCAUCCAUCUUCCCAAACUACCAGUAACCGCAAUCUCUUGCAUUUCCAAUCAUUUUCUCCAAUGUUCUUCCAGACGCGCUUCUUCUGGGUACACUCGUUCCCAUGUUUCGUCGUUACACUAAUACCGACUCUUUGUACCUAUAUCAAAACAACCCUUGCCCUAAUAU